CGGGCUCACCUGCGAGAAAUGUCACUUACGCGACGAAGCACGUGUAAUCCUCCUAACCAAAAACGCUCCUCCCUCUCCUCUCAAUGCUUCUCUAACACGCGCUUCCUCAUUUCCAAUCCACUCCACUCCCGCCUUGCACGCGCACUUUUAAACACUGCGAUUCGCUUUUCCCCUUCCCCACCAGCGACAGUAUGUUUUCCUACAUCAGCCCCACAUGAAAGUCCAUGUAUCUUCACUCACUGUUGUUUCCGAAUACUUGCCGUGCCAAAUCUGACCCUUCAUUUACUGGUACGUGUAAAGUGGAGAUCUAAAGGAGUUGAUUUGAAAGGCUUUCGUGCUUCCAGUAAAACCAUCGGCUCCGUGCCAAAAUGAUAAAUAAAAGAAGCAUACGCGAGAGCAUAUUCUAAGUUAUUUGUGUUGUUAAUCGGCGAAGAUGCAUUCGAGUCACUUGCUUCUCGAGGAGCCGAUAAGGAUGGCUUCAAUCUUGGAGCCGUCAAAGGCUAGUUUUUUUCCAGCAAUGACGAAGAUUGUGGGAACCCUAGGUCCUAAGUCUCGAUCUGUUGAGGUUAUUUCUGGCUGCCUCAAGGCUGGAAUGUCUGUGGCUCGGUUUGAUUUUUCUUGGGGUGACCCGGAGUAUCACCAGGAGACGCUGGAGAACUUGAAGGCGGCUGUUAAAAACACUAAGAAGCUCUGUGCUGUAAUGCUGGAUACAGUGGGCCCUGAAUUGCAGGUUAUUAACAAAAGUGAGAAAUCCAUUUCACUCCAGGCUGAUGCUCUUGUUGUUCUAACACCAAAUCAAGAAAAAGAAGCCUCGUCAGAAGUAUUGCCCAUCAAUUUUUAUGGGCUAUCCAAGGCAGUGAAGCCAGGAGACACCAUUUUUAUUGGUCAAUACCUAUUCACUGGAAGUGAGACUACAUCUGUGUGGCUGGAGGUUUCUGAGGUGAAGGGCGAUGAUGUGGUCUGUGUGAUAAAGAACUCUGCAACUUUGGCAGGGUCAUUGUUCACUCUGCAUGCCUCUCAAAUUCGUAUCGACCUGCCUACCCUUUCUGAUGAAGAUAAGGAGGUUAUAAGUACCUGGGGAGUACAAAACAAAAUUGACUUCCUCUCAUUAUCUUAUACUCGACAUGCAGAAGAUGUGCGCCGGGCCCGUGAUUACCUCUCUAAGCUGGGUGAUCUCUAUCAGACUCAAAUUUUUGCGAAGAUUGAAAAUGUUGAGGGAUUAACCCAUUUUGAUGAGAUAUUACAAGAAGCUGAUGGCAUUAUCCUUUCCCGUGGGAAUUUGGGGAUAGACCUGCCGCCUGAGAAGGUGUUCUUGUUCCAGAAAGCAGCCCUUUACAAAUGCAAUGUGGUUGGCAAGCCUGCAGUGGUUACCCGUGUUGUGGACAGUAUGACUGGCAACCUGAGGCCAACUCGUGCAGAAGCAACUGAUGUUGCCAAUGCUGUGUUGGAUGGAAGUGAUGCAAUUCUUCUUGGUGCUGAGACUCUUCGUGGACUGUACCCUGUUGAAACCAUUUCUACUGUUGGUAAAAUUUGUGCUGAGGCAGAAAAGGUUUUUAAUCAAGACAUGUAUUUCAAGAAAACUGUCAAAUUUGUUGGAGAGCCAAUGACCCACUUGGAAUCAAUUGCUUCCUCUGCGGUAAGAGCAGCAAUUAAAGUCAAGGCAUCUGUCAUUAUUUGCUUCACUUCAUCAGGAAGGGCUGCAAGAUUGAUUGCCAAGUAUAGGCCAACAAUGCCAGUUCUGUCUGUUGUCAUCCCUCGGCUCAAGACAAAUCAACUGAGAUGGAGCUUCAGUGGGGCCUUUGAAGCAAGGCAAUCACUCAUUGUUAGAGGUCUCUUCCCUAUGCUUGCUGAUCCACGACAUCCUGCGGAAUCUACAAAUGCAACAAAUGAGUCGGUCUUAAAGGUAGCUCUCGAUCAUGGAAAGGUCUCUGGAGUUAUAAAGUCACGAGACAGAGUAGUUGUUUGCCAGAAAGUUGGAGAUGCAUCCGUGGUUAAAAUUAUUGAGCUUGAAGAUUAAAAUUACAUUUUUCCUACUUGUUUGACAGCAGAUGGUGGAUUCUACUGCUGUAACAUGUAUCUCCAGGGUUUGGAGACUAACUUAUGUUUUGGAAUGUAUUAAGAAUGUAUACUGGCAAUUAUUUUUGUCCGCAAUGAUAAGGGAGGAAACUGGAAAGUAUAACGUGAUUCCCAUAUUUUCGGUCGGAAGCUUUGGAGUUGAUUGGCUUCUUGUCACAAAAUGAUUCUGCAAAAUUGUCAUUAAAAUUAAUGUUGAGCAUCGAGUCCAAGUAGUAAAGUUGAUUUCACUUCUCAGGAGA